CACCGGCGGCGGCGCGCUUGGCGCCGCGGCCGCCGCAGCUGCGGCCGCACGGGCGCAGCUGCCGGUGCUCCCCGAAAUCGACCUGAAGCCCGGGGAAGCCACAGACCCCAAGGCCAAAAGCCUCGCAUUCAAUGGCGCCCUCUCCCUGCUCAAAGCGCUGGACGUCGACAGCGCUACGCGCUCAAAGGUGUUCAGGGCGCUCAACGCGCAGCUCGCGGAUCCAGGGUCGGCGGCGCACUUCUUGUCGGUGCCGUACCAGUUCCUGCGGUGGUGCUGCGCCGAGAACGACGCGGACGCGGCGAGGGCGGCCGUACAGGAGAUCGCCGCAGAGUCCGCGUCGUGA